UUCCUGUAAGGUGUCAGGAUGUGGCGGUCUAUUUCUCCAUGGAGGAGUGGGACUAUGUAGAAGGACACAAGGAUCUGUACAAGGAGGCCAUGAUGGAGGCUCCCCGGCCUCUGACAUCACCGGAUACCGACUCCAGGAGGAGAAAUCCCCCCGAGAGAUGUCCCCGUCCUCUGUAUUCCCAGGACUGUCCAGAGAAGAAGCUCCCAGAGAACCAUCAGAUCUAUUAUAUAAUCCACCUAAUCAAGAGGAACCUUCUCCUGACCUAUCACAGAUUGCUACCACAAGUAGCGGGCAGAAAGGGGGUAAAAGGUUUCAAUGUGGGGAAUGUGGGAAACAGUUUAGAUAUAGCUCAAGUCUUUCUUUACACAGAAGAUAUCACACAGGAGAGAAGCCAUAUUCAUGUUCAGAAUGUGGGAAAUUGUUUAUAAAUAAAUCAGAUCUUUUCAAUCAUGAGCGAGUUCACACAGGAGAGAAGCCAUAUCCAUGUUCAGAAUGUGGGAAAUGCUUUAGAAGCAAACCACAACUUGUUGUACAUCACAGAAUUCACACUGGAGUGAAGCCGCAUGUUUGUUCAGAAUGUGGGAAAUGUUUUGCAAAUGCAUCAAAUCUUGUGAAACAUAAGAGAACUCACACAGGAGAGAAGCCAUAUUCAUGUUCAGAGUGUGGAAAAUGUUUUACAAAGAAAGUGUAUCUUGUUAAACAUGAGAAAAGUCACACAGGAGAGAAGCCAUAUUCAUGUUCAAAAUGUGGGAAAUGUUUUAAAGAAAAAUCCAAACUCCAAUAUCAUGAGAGAGUUCACACAGGAGAAAAGCCUUAUUCAUGUCCAGAAUGUGGUAAAGGUUUUAUAAAGAAAUCAAAUCUUUUUAUACAUGAGAGAAUUCACACAGGAGAGAUGCCAUAUUCAUGUUCAGAUUGUGGAAAAUGUUUUCCAAAGAAAUCAUGUCUUGUUACACAUGAGAGAAUUCACACUAGAGAGAAGCCAUAUUCAUGUUCACAAUGUGGGAAAUGCUUUAUAUAUAAAUCUGAGCUUUUAAAACACGAGAGAAUUCACACAGGAGAGAAGCCAUACUCAUGUACAGAAUGUGGGAAAUGCUUUACAUGUAAAUCAAAUCUUGUUUUGCACGAAAGAAUUCACACAGGAGAGAAGCCAUAUUCAUGUUCAGUUUGUGGGAAAUGUUUUACAAAGAAGUCAUAUCUUGUUAAACAUGAGAGAAGUCACACAGGAGAGAAGCCGUAUCCUUGUUCAGUUUGUGGGAAAUGUUUUACAACGAAAUCAUAUCUUACUACACAUGAGGGAAUUCACAAAGGAGAGAAGCCGUAUUCAUGUUCCGAUUGUGGGAAAUGUUUUGCAACUAAAUCAGAUCUUUUAAAACAUGAUAGAAUUCACACGGGAGAGAAGCCAUAUUCCUGUUCAGAAUGUGGGAAGUGCUUUAAAACUAAAACACAUCUUUCUAAACAUGAGAGAAUUCACACAGGAGAGAAGCCGUAUUCAUGUUUAGAAUGUGGGAAAUGCUUUAGAAAUAAAUACAAUCUUGUUCUACAUCAGAGAAGUCACACAAGGUAACACCAUUUUGAUGAUUUGUAUAAGAAUAAUGGUUUAAAAGAAAAUCAGAUUUGGUAGUCAUCACAGAACCAUAUUCUUGUUUGGAACUGGGGAAAUAUUAUAAGAGCGCAGUAUGACUUCAAUCUCAUCAGGUUAUUCACAAACAGUUCACAGGUCUGUUUACUGUCAGAGCAGUGAAGAUGAAUUGUCCCCAUGGACCUUGCUUCUUCUUACUGUAUUCAUACCUCCACCUACACUGCAGGACAAUCCACAGUGACAUAGUGUAAGGGGAAGGACGUUCCAUGGAGACUUUUAUAUAACAUAUGUGGACAUAUCGAUAUUUGAUGGUGAUUGGUGCAUUAUGGAAAGAUAACGGUGAUGGAAGAGAAGUAAACAAUAAACUGAAUUUGCAGUAAUGCUAACCUCUGAGCAUGGUGGCUUCAGGGCCCUUUACAUGGGCGAGAAUCUAAAACAUGAUCGCUAAUGAGCUUUCAUAGGAAUGCUUGUUAGCGAUUAUCUGGCAGGGUAAAUGUACCGCUGAUUACAAUUACCCGAUGAACGAGGGAAACAGUCGUUCAUCGGGUAAUUCGAUCGUUUGUG